CCACGCGGACGCCGAGGCUCAGUACCAGAACCACCUGGAGGCCGAGGGGCUCUACGGGGACCCCGAGCUGCCGUACCCGGCCCGGGCCGAGCGGGACCUGCCCUACCCGAGCCACGGCGACCCCGACGGGGCCUACCCGGCUCACCUGGAGCGCGACGGGACCUACCCCGAGCACCUGGAGCACGACGGGAGCUACGCGGAGCACCUGGAGCGGGAGCGGCCCUACCCCGCGCACCUGGAGCGGGACGCGGCCUUCGAGGCGCUCACCGAGCGGGACGGGCCCUACACGGGCCGGGGCGAGCACGAGCGGCCCUACCCGAGCCGAAAGGAGCGGGACAGACCCUACCUGAGCCGAGCCGAGCGCGACGGGCCCUACGCGGCCCGCAUGGAGCAGGAGGGGCAGUUCCACGGCUGCCUGGAGCGGGACCUCCAGUACCAGCCGCACCUGGACAGGGACGGGCAGUACCCGGGCAGGAUGGAGCAGGACGGACAAUAUUCCAGCAGGAUGGAGCAGGACGGACAGUACUCCAGCAGGAUGGAGCAGGACGGACAAUAUUCCAGCAGGAUGGAGCAGGAUGGACAGUACUCCAGCCGCAUGGACCGGGAGGGGCCGUACCCGGCGCGGCUGGAGCGGGACGCGCAGUACCCGGAGCGGGACGCGCAGUACCCGGCGCGGCUGGAGCAGGAGGGGCCGUACCCGGCCCGGCUGGAGCGGGAGGCGCCGUUCCGGGCCCGGGACGGGCACUACGGCGGCUGCUGGGAGCGGGAGUGGGCGCGGGGGCCGCUGAGCCGCGGCGCCUCCCGCAGCUCCAGCCCCGGGGGCGGACACAGCACCAGCGCCAGCACCAGCCCGGCCACCACCCUGCAGCGCAAGUCGGAUCGCGACAGCUCCAGGACAGUGAGCGUGGACGGCGAGGCCCCGGGCAGCGAGGGGGGGGGCGCGGUGCCCGAGAGCCCCGGGCGGCCCCCCCCGUACCGGGCCCUGCCCCAGCCCGCGCCCCAAGGCCCGGGGGGCUCCGGGGGCGGCCCCGGGGGCGGCGCCGGGGGCGUGGCCUGGCCCCGGCUGCCCCCCCAGCCCGCCAGCGUGGCCCUGCGCAAGCAGGAGGAGGAGGAGGAGAGCAAGAGGCCGAAGGCUCUGAGCGACAGCUACGAGCUCUCCACCGACCUGCAGGACAAGAAGGUGGAGAUGCUGGAGCGCAAGUACGGCGGCUAUUUCCGCUCGCGGCGGGCGGCGCGCACCAUCCAGGCGGCGUUCCGGCGCUACCGCAUGGCGCAGAAGUUCGAGCGGCUGCGCAGCGAGGGCGGCCGGGCGCGGCGCCUGGCGCUGCCGGGGCUGCGCCUGCAGUUCUCCUUCGAGGAGUACGACCGCGGCCCCCCGGCCCCCGCCCCGGGGCCGCCCCCGCCGCCCCCGCCCUACUUCCAGGGCAAGCCGGCCUCGCUGGACGAGGGCGUCCUGGGGGGCCCGCGCCGCGCCCCCCGAUACGGGGGGUCCUGCCGGGCCGGCCUGGACGGGGGCGGGGGUCCCGGAGAGGGGGUCCAGGUUGGGGGGGGCUCCGGGGUGGGGGGCGCGGGAAGCCCCCCCCGGCAGCUCUCGGCUUCGGCCGAUUUCGGGCCAGGAGGCGCCGACCUGGAGGAGGCGUUUGCGCAGCAGGUGAAGUCCUUGGCCGCCUCCAUCGAUGAGGCGCUGGGGGGGGGUCGCGGUGUCCCCCCCGGCGCCCCGGACCCCCCCGCGGGCGACAGCGCGGCCACCUCGGCCAGUGACGUCACGCUGUACCUGGACGAGGGGCUCCCCGGCUCCCCCCGCUCCCCGGAGCGACCCCCCAGCCCCGAGCCCCCCCCGGACACGGCGGGCCCCCCGCCCCCGCCCGCGCCGCCGCCCCCGCCGCCGCCCCCCGCCAACGCCCCCGGCCCCGCCGAGCGCUGGGGGGGCCCCCCCGAGGAGCCCCCCCGGAGGGGCCCCCCGUGCCUGGAGUGCCGCGGCCGGGGGGCCGGGGGCGGGCACCCCCCGCUGCUGACCGUGGAGCCCCCCAGCGACAGCUCGGCCGACCUGAGCGACCGCUCGGACCGCGGCUCCAUCAACCGCGGCGGCCCCUACGAGCCCGAGGGCACCGGCGGCGGCGGCGGCGGCGGCGGCGGCACCCUGCCCCGCUCCGGGCCCCCUCCCCACCGCUGCUUCCACCCCGAGGGGCCGCCCCCGCCGCCGCCCGGGCCCCCGCCCCCGCCCGCGGCCGAGGAGGGCUCCGAGGGCGACAACGAGAGCCUGGGCAGCAGCUCCAACUCCAACGAGACCCUCAACUGCUCCUCGGGCUCCUCGUCCCGCGACAGCCUGCGCCGGCCGCCCCCGCCGCCCCCGCCGCCGCCCACGGCGCCGCCGCAGCCCCCCGGUGCCGCCGGCGCCCCCGGCAAGGCCACGUACCAGCGGGAGCCGCGGCAGAGCUGGGACUCGCCCGCGCUCAACAACGACGUGGUGCAGCGGCGCCAGUACCGCAUCGGCCUCAACCUCUUCAACAAGAAGCCGGAGAAGGGGAUCCAGUACCUGAUCGAGAGGGGGUUCCUGUCGGACACGCCCGUGGGCGUGGCCCACUUCAUCCUGGAGCGGAAGGGCCUGAGCCGGCAGAUGAUCGGCGAGUUCCUGGGCAACCGCCAGAAACAGUUCAACCGCGACGUGCUCGACUGCGUGGUGGACGAGAUGGAUUUCUCCGGGAUGGAGCUGGACGAGGCCCUGCGGAAGUUCCAGUCCCACAUCCGGGUGCAGGGCGAGGCGCAGAAGGUCGAGCGCUUGAUCGAGGCCUUCAGCCAGCGCUACUGCGUGUGUAACGCGGCCCUGCUGCGCCAGUUCCGCAACCCGGACACCAUCUUCAUCCUGGCCUUCGCCAUCAUCCUCCUCAACACCGACAUGUACAGCCCCAGCGUCAAGGCCGAGCGCAAGAUGAAGCUCGAGGACUUCAUCAAGAACCUGCGAGGGGUGGACAAUGGCGAGGACAUCCCCCGGGACAUGCUGGUGGGCAUCUACCAGCGCAUCCAGAGCCGCGAGCUGCGCACCAACGACGACCACGUGUCCCAGGUGCAGGCUGUGGAGCGCAUGAUCGUCGGCAAGAAACCGGUGCUGUCCCUGCCCCACCGCCGCCUCGUCUGCUGCUGCCAACUCUACGAGGUGCCCGACCCCAACCGGCCCCAGCGCCUGGGGCUGCACCAGCGCGAGGUUUUCCUCUUCAACGACCUCCUGGUGGUGACGAAGAUCUUCCAGAAGAAGAAGAUCCUGGUGACCUACAGCUUCCGGCAGAGCUUCCCGCUGGUGGAGAUGCACAUGCAGCUCUUCCAGAACGCCUAUUACCAGUUUGGGAUCAAGCUGCUGUCGGCGGCGCCGGGCGGCGAGCGCAAGGUGCUGAUCGUGUUCAACGCCCCGAGCCCCCAGGACCGGCUGCGCUUCGCCAGCGACCUCCGAGAGUCCGUGGCCGAGGUGCAGGAGAUGGAGAAGUACCGGGUGGAGGCGGAGCUGGAGAAGCAGAAGGGCGUGGCGGGGCCGCGGGGCGCGGGGCCCCCCCGCGAGGCGCUGAACGGGCUCAGCCGCAGCUCCCUGGAGGAGGCGUUCGGGGCCGAGGGGCUCAAGCGGAGCGCGCUGAGCAGCUCCCUGCGGGACCUGUCCGACAGCGGCAAGCGGGGCCGGCGGAACAGCGUGGGGUCCCUGGACAGCACCAUCGAGGGCUCCAUCAUCAGCAGCCCCCGGCCGCAGGCGCGGGGGGGCCCGGGCGGGCCGGGGGGCGCUCCCGAGGGGGGGGGCGGCUACAAGCCCCCGGCCCGCCCGGUCUCCAACUCCUCGUCCUUCCUGGGCUCGCUCUUCGGCAGCCGCCGCGGGAAAGGCCCGGCCGGGCCCCCCCCCGGCGCGGGGGGUCCCGCUUCGGCCUCGGCCUCCUCCUCCUCGGCGUCCUCGUCGCACCACCACCACCACCCGCCGCCCGCCGCGCCCCCCGAGGGCCCCUCCAAGCUGCAGGCGCUGCACGCCCAGUACUGCCACGGGCCCGGGGGGGGCUCGGCGGGCGCGGGGGGCGGCCCGGGCCCUCCGCCGCCCCCCCCGUACCCGCAGCAGCCGCCGCCGCCCAGCCGCCCCGCGCCCCCCCCUCCGCUGCCGGCCAUCGCCGCCGGGCAGCACGGCCCCCCCGGCGGCGGCUUCCCGCCCCCGCACCCGCACUACACGCUGCACCGGCCCGGCAAGAGGGGGGGGGCUCCCCCCGGCGCCCCCCGGCAGCCGCUGUCGCCGCUGCCCCUGUACAGCCCCGCGCCCGCGCACCACGGGCUGUCCCACGCGUACCCCCCCGGGCCCCCCCCGCACCACCACCCGCCGCCGCCCCCCGCCCCCGCCAAGCACUUCGUGUUCGGGGGGGGCGGCGGCGUCGGGGGGGGCCCGGCCGGGGGGGCUCUGCGGGGAGGGGGCGGCGGCGGGGGAGGGGCGGCGCCCCCCGUUGCCCAUCACCACCAUCACCACCAUCACCACCACCCCCACGCGCCCCCCCACUCGCCCAUCCCCCCCCACCCUUCCUACCCCCCCCUGCCCCCCCCAUCGCCCCACACCCCCCUGAGCCCCCACUCGCCCGCCGGCCCCACCUCGCCCCUGGCCCAGGCCGGCCAGGGCCCCCCCAAACCCAAGGGGGGGAACCGCAUCAGCACGGUGGUCUGA